AUGCAGAGAACUCUAGCUACUCUGAUCCAAACCGUCACAAUCCUGGCCCUAACAAACGUAGUCCUAGCCGUGCCAAACAUAACUGUAAAGCCCCUGGGUAGCGACUGUGUCGCUUAUCCCAGCUACGACGAGGCAACAGGUAUUGCAGAGCCACUACACAUGGAAGUGGUUUCGUCCGUUCGGCAGGAAUUGGAUGGGUAUCAGUUUAUUCCCAAGUUCGCUAUAGCAGUUGGUGGGGGGAGUUGGGGUUUCGUAAGAGGGCUAACGCGGGCAUUUUGGGGACCCCCUAUGCAGAUGGUGAUCCCAGCUUCACAGAAUCAAACAGCACCUGGAACAGGCCAGAUUCCGCCACUACGCUGCAGUAAUAAAACACUGGAAGCGUAUCUAGAUAUGGGAUUUACCGGUACUCGGUGGCAGACUUUGAUCGCAGCUGGAACACCGGCGGAGUCCGUUUUCGGAUUCGGAUUGCCCGAUCUGCCUGAUCCGAACUACCACCUUGAGAUAUGCAGCUCUGACGAAACGCAAGACCUUAAUCUACCGCACGAGAUACUAACAUACCUAGACUCACACCUGAUAGAUGGCGAGACGCAACCAGGAGUUUAUUUGGGGGCGGUCAACGUGACGACAUGGGGCUUGAACUACCAGAAUUUCACGGGCAUGGAUGAGUAUUACUACUUAAGGCUGCUCGACUCGAAUAGCGCCAAUAGGGCAACGGGAGAGCCCCUGAAUCCUGGGGAGUUUACUGCAUAUGUCAAAAUUACGGCUACUUAA